AUGUCGGCAUCAAAGACUGGACUUGCGAUCGUGACGCCCGCGUCCAAGGGUUUGGGGUUCGCGUUUGCGCGUCAAUUGUUGGCGCAUACGGACUUGCCGGUUGUUGCCACGGCGCGGAAGGAUUGCGAUGGGGUGAGAGGCAAAUUGCUCGAUCGAUUGGGUCGAUCUGGGUCGGGCGAUCUGGAGAAACGAUUGAAUGUGUUACAGGUGGAUAUUACGAAUGAAUCUACGAUUGAAAGCUUGGCGUUUAAGAUUCGAGACACAUACCCGGGCACACCGUUGCGUCUAGCCCUCACUGUCCCUGGUAUCUUGAAUGUGGAAAAGUCGCCGUCCCAGAUCGAUGCCGCUGCUGCGCUGGACAGCUUCAGGGUCAACUCCCUCGGCCCGAUGUUGCUCAUGAAGCACCUCUCUGGGCUCCUGCCGACCAAAUCUGCUGCCUCGUUUCCCGAAUCAACGGCCCGUGAAGGGCACUUCAAGUUACCUACGCAUGCUAUCUACGCUAUGAUGGCUGCGCGUGUGGGCUCCAUUUCUGACAACGGUUUCGGCGGAUGGUAUUCCUACCGUGCCAGCAAAGCAGCCGUCUUUCAACUGACCAAGACAUUCGAUUUGUUUUUAAGAACACGAAGCAAGGAGCGAGCACUGGCCAUCGCGAUGCAUCCCGGGACUGUGCAGACGGACUUUACGAAGGACUUUCAGGACGGGAGAGAGAUGCUAACGCCGGAUGACUCGGCGGCCAAACUAUUGAACGUGAUAUGUGGUAUCAAGCCUGGGACAAACGAGGGACGGGGAAGGUGCUGGGACUGGAAAGGAGAAGAAGUUCGACCUUGA